AUGGAAAGACAAAAAUUCAACCACGUCCAUGGCAAUGGAGGGGGCAACGGCGGUGGUGGAAACAAUAACAACAAUGGAGGUGCCAACGGCGGUGGGGGAAACAAUAACAACAAUGGAGGUGCCAACGGCGGUGGGGGAAACAAUAACAACAAUGGAGGUGCCAACGGCGGUGGGGGAAACAAUAACAACAGAGGAGGGGGCAAUAGGACGGUGGAGUUACAGCCCCACCCGGUGAAAGAACCUCCUGGAAUUCAGUAUUGUGUCAACAGUCCUCCUCCUUGGUUUGAAGCGUUAGUGUUGGGUUUUCAGCAUUAUUUGUUGAGUCUUGGCAUCACGGUUCUUAUUCCAAGCCUUUUAGUUCCACACAUGGGAGGUGGUGAUAAGAAGGCUAGAGUUAUACAAACAAUGCUAUUUGUAUCUGGACUAACAACAUUGCUCCAGUCUUUCUUUGGAACUCGAUUGCCUGUGAUAGCGGCUCCUUCUUAUGCCUAUAUCAUACCUAUCACUUCCAUCAUUUCCUCAACCCGCUUCACUUACUACACUGAUCCUUUUGAAAGGUUUGUGGGAACAAUGAGAAGCAUACAAGGGGCUCUGAUUAUCGCCGGCUGUUUCCAAGUUCUUGUAUGUUUCUUAGGCCUAUGGAGAAAUGUCGUAAGAUUUCUAAGCCCACUCUCAAUUGCUCCUUUGGCAACGUUUGCUGGACUAGGACUCUACCAAAUCGGCUUCCCUUUGUUGGCGAGAUGCGUUGAAGUGGGACUUCCCGGGUUGAUUUUACUUGUUUUAGUCACCCAGUACUUACCGCGCUUUCUGAAGAUGAAGAAAGGGGUGUUUUGGGAUGGAUCAAGAUGUGACCGUUAUGGGAUGAUGAUAUGCAUUCCAUUGGUUUGGUUGUUAGCUCUAUUACUCACAUCGAGUGGUGUAUACAACCAUAAAUCUCAAACUACUCAAAUCAGUUGCCGUACAGACCGUAAUGGUCUUAUCACCACACUCCUUGGAUAUACUUUACCAUAUCCUUUCCAAUGGGGAAGCCCAACCUUCUACUUCACUGAUUCUUUUGCGAUGAUGGCUGCCUCUUUCGUCACUCUAUUUGAGUCGACCGGUUUGUUCUACGCAUCUGCAAGAUAUGGAAGUGCGACACCGAUCCCACCAUCAGUUAUCAGCCGUGGUACUGGCUGGCUGGUUAUUGGAGUAUUACUCAAUGGCAUGCUUGGAGGCGUCUCAGGGAUCACAACCUCAUCAGAAAAUAUUGGAAUUUUGGCCAUGACUAAAAUUGGGAGUCGAAGAGUGAUACAAAUUUCGGCUGCCUUCUUGAUUUUCUUCUCCAUUUUCGGAAAAUUGGAGCUUUUUCGCGUCCAUACCAUUACAAUCAUGGCGUCCGUUUACUGCAUGGUCUUGUGUUUUGUGUCUUCUGCGGGCAUUAGCUUUCUACAGUUUUGCAACCUCAACAGCUUCAACACCAAAUUCAUUUUGGGAUUUUCAUUUUUCAUGGCUAUUUCAAUCCCUCAAUACUUCAGAGAAUACUUGGAAUGGUGGCGGGGUGAUCAUCACUCGAACUGGUUGGAAGAUGUGAUAAGAGUGAUAUUCAUGUCACAUACAACGGUUGGAAUGAUAGCAAUAGUGCUUGAUUGCACAUUGUCUCGUGAGAGCGAUGAAGCCAGGAAAGAUUGUGGGCUAAAAUGGUGGGAGAAGUUUCGACUAUACAAUCUUGAUGUCCGAAACGAUGAGUUUUAUGGUCUACCUUGCUGCCUCAACAAAUUCUUCCCUUCUCACUGA